AUGACCUCGACGUCGAACUCGACCCGGUCUUCCUCUCCCUUAUCGAACGGCCUCCCAACGACCCUCUCCCGCAACGAGGCUCUCUCCUUAGCGACAGUCACCGCGGCAUGCGUCGCCGUGCUAGUCAACGUCUUCCGAGAGCCAGAGCCCUCACCACUGAUCGCAUCACUGGCGUUGAGCGGGCUAGCCUUUGUCGCAGCCUUUGCGCUGAUCCGUUGGCUGGGCCCGACCUUCCUGCGCGCGGGCAUCAAGGGCGCCGACCUGAGCAAGCGCGUUCGUCGUGAGCUGCCCGAGUGCAUGGGUGGCGUGUGUGCCGUGGUGUACCUCUUGGCAGUGAUUGUGUUCAUUCCGUUUCCGUUUUAUAAAGAUAUCGUGGCUGCGACGAGUGGCGGCGGGAAUAAGGAUGUGGUGUUGCCUGUCGAACAUGUGCAGAGGGGACGGUUUUUGCAUCGGUUUCCGCAUAGCAAGCUUGCGUCGUACCUUUCUGCUAUCAUCUCGCUCCAGUCGAUCGCUCUCCUCGGAAUCGGCGAUGACCUGUUCGAUAUCCGUUGGCGCCACAAGUUCUUCAUCCCCGCUUUCGCUGCUAUCCCGUUGCUGGUAGUCUACUUUGUGGACUUCGGCGUUACCUCUGUCGUCAUACCUAUUCAGCUCCAGCCAUACCUGGGCGAGUUGCUUGACCUCGGCGCGCUGUACUACGUCUACAUGGCCGCCGUGGCCAUCUUCAGCCCGAACAGCAUCAACAUCCUGGCCGGUAUCAACGGUAUCGAGGUCGCCCAGUCCAUCGUCAUCGCCCUUCUACUCUCCCUAAAUGACUGUCUCUACCUGCUAACCCCCUAUCCACACCCGGCGACGGACUCUCACCUCUUCUCUCUCUACUUCCUCCUUCCCUUCCUAGGCGUCUCUCUAGCCCUGCUUUACCACAACUGGUACCCCGCGCGCGUCUUCGUCGGCGACACCUACUGCUACUUCGCAGGCAUGGUCUUUGUCGUCGUCAGCAUCCUAGGCCACUUCAGUAAGACGUUGGUGCUGCUACUGGUGCCGCAAAUCUUCAACUUCCUCUACUCAACACCGCAGCUCUUCGGUCUGGUCCCCUGCCCACGCCACCGCCUGCCCCGUUUCAAUGCCCGCACCAACCUGCUGGAGCCCAGCGUCACCCAGUGGACGCCCGAUCACCAGCCCAAGGCGCCUAUCGCCUGGGUGCUGCGCCUGUUGGGUCGGCUACGGCUGCUGCGGGUCACACUCGAUGACGAGGACCGGUUUGUGGAGACGAGUAACUUUACGCUGCUCAACCUCUGGUUGGUCUGGAGGGGCCCGCUGCGUGAGGACCGCCUGGCGCUCGAGAUCACGGUGCUGCAGGCGGCUCUGGGACUGUUUGGUCUGUUUGUACGCCAUCGGCUGGCGCUGCUUGUGUUUAAGGCGGAUAAUUGGAGCUUGGGUUUUAAUGUAUAA